AUGGAAGAAAGAAUAUUAGUAGAUACUACAAAAGUUAAAGAAGUCCUAACUAUCGAACAAGAAGAAAAAAAGGUUGAAGAGUAUCUUAAACGAAAGUCAUCUUCACAAAGUCAAGAAGUUCAGGAUACUGACUACCAUUUUUUGAUGAGCCUAUUGACCUCAUUAAGAGCUACACUGGCUUACAGAAAACUUAUGCUAAGGCGAAAAAUUGAGGGCUUGUUUCUACAAGAAGAGGGGUACAGUACUAAGGUCGAGUUUAACUAUAGUCUUCAACCAUCAACAAGUGCAGGAUCUCAUCAAAGCGUGGUGUCACCUGGUGGGCAAUCAGAUGUAAGCAGUAUUGGAGAUCAUAUGAAUGCAGGACCAUACGAAGACGCAGAGCUCACUCAGUUGAUCGCAGGAUAUAAAGGAAGUGUUUAUAAUAAAUUGUUAUGA